UAAAAAGCAGCUUACUAGUGCCGAACGAUUUCAGUCGCAUCGCUGACAGCUGCCAAAACGAGUGCAACGCGAACGAACGCUAGUAGACAGACCAAAUAUCUUAAAUUUCAAAUACACAAGACAAGUAAAGCGUGCGCGCUCAAACACACACAAACACACUUUAAAGUGGAAAAAGAAAUAAUGGUAAUCCUACGCCCACUACCCGACGAUUUGGCCAAGAAAGCCAGCGAGGAGCUGAAUGAGAAGUGUGACGACAAUGACUAUUAUGUGAAUACGUUGCGCGAAUGGGCCGAGAAGCAGCCCUUUUUGCGCGCACGCACCGAUGAUCAAUUCCUGAUGGCAUUCCUGCGCGGUUCGAAGUUCAGCUUGGAGAAGGCGAAACAAAAAUUGGAAAACUUUUACAUACUGCGCGCGGCUAUGCCAGAAAUGUUUCGCAAUCGGAAUUUGAGUGAGCCCAAGUACGAGGCGAUCAUUAAGUCGGGCGCUGCUGCUGCGCUGCCCGAGCCUGCGAGCGAUGGUGGCCCUCUGGUAAUCCUGCUUCGUCCCAGCGCAUUCAACAUGGAGCUGCACACAAUCAAUGAUGUCUUGAAAGUCGGUUCAAUGAUAGUCGAUAUUCUUAUGCAGGAGAAUGAUCGCGUUUUUAUUGCUGGCUAUACAUUCAUCAUUGAUUUGGGUAAUAUUUCGAAGGCUGUGUUAAUGAAUUUCGAACCCGAAUUUGUUCGUAGGCUAACGCUACUCGUCAAUAAGGCUGCACCCACACGCAUGAAGGGUUUCCAUUUCAUCAAUGUGCUGCCGAUAUUUGAGAAAUUAUUUGGCAUGGUGAAGAGUGUGAUUAGCGCAAAGCUGAAGGAUAGGUUCUAUGUGCACGGUAACAAUCUCGAGGAACUCUACAAAUACGUGCCGAAACAUGUGCUUCCGAAAGAAUAUGGCGGCGACUGUGAUCUGCAGACUCUACAAGCUGAGUGGUGGCAAAAAUUGAAUGAUUACAAAAAAUUUUUUGAAGAAGAAGAAGAACAAUAUGGCAUAGCUGAAGGUUACGAACGUCUAAAGCAAGUGAAGGAUCUCAUUGCGGACACUAGCGUAUUACAGGGUACUGAAGGCUCUUUUCGGCAAUUGGAGGUGGACUAAAGAAACAACGGAGUUACUUCAGUCAGUAAUGAUCAGCAACCAAAGCAAUUAGCAGAAUAUUUUAAAAUUUUUGUACUUUAUUUA